CCCUUGAGGGCAUCCGAUGACCCUCUUCUUACCUCUGGACCCGUCAGAGGAUCUACCAAGCAAAUCGACAUUUUUGUCCGCUGCCCACGACCGGGAGGCCCAGCUGAACGGAGUUCUGAAAGCCAUCAGAAAGGCCAAACGGAUCGCCGUCGUUUCUGGCGCGGGCAUAUCUGUACAGGCGGGCAUACCCGACUUUCGAUCGAGCGAAGGGCUCUUCCAGACGUUAAAGCGGGACAACCCGAAGGAGUUGAUCUCGUCAGGCAAGGACCUGUUCGAUGCCUCGGUAUUCAACUCAGAGAACACCACCGCAAUGUUCUGUCAAAUGAUAGCCAGACUAUCUGAACUCUCUCAAGAGGCUGAGCCCACUCCUUUCCACCAAUUGCUACGCUCCCUCGACCGCCGUUCGCAACUCCUCCGUGUCUAUACCCAGAACAUCGAUGCCCUUGAGUCCAAGUGCGGCCUGUCCUUCGGAGUCCCGGACUCCAGCCGUCGCUCGAGGCAUAAAGCCAAGGCGAAGUCACCUCCCGACGAUUCUGCGCUAGCUGGGGAAGACUAUGACCGCCUCCCGUCCCCUCCCAUUGAAAUACCGCGCUGCAUCCCCCUUCACGGCACCCUCCAGACCAUGUACUGCAAGACCUGCACGCACAGCUUUCCUCUCCAGGAGCAUCUUCCCGCCUUGAUCUCCGGCCAGCUGGCUCUGUGUCCCGAGUGCGAGGCAAUGGAACAGACGCGGCAGUUGGUUGGCAAGCGCGCAAGGGGGGUGGGGAUCCUGCGGCCCGGCGUGGUACUCUACAACGAGGACCACAAAGACAGCGAGCGGGUCGGCGAGGUAGUCGCGAGGGACCUGAUGGGUGGAUCCAGGGGGCGGUCCCCGCCGGACCUGCUCUUGGUGGUCGGCACUAGUCUCCGCGUUCCCGGGACGAAGACGAUUGUACGCCAGUUUUCGAAGGCCGUUAGGUCUAGAGACGCAGCCGCGUCCUCUGGGACCGAAGGCUCGACAUCUCGCCUGCCUACUCCCUCGCCUUCUCCUCGCCGAACACCGGCAGCGGCGGAGGAGGCGCCGAUCCGCAGCAUCUACCUCAACUUCGACUUCCCCGUUCCGACAAGAGAGUGGGAAGGGGUCUUUGACGUCUGGCUGAAGGGCGAUGUGCAGGUGUUCGCGCGAAUGCUGCAAGAAGCGAUCGCCAAGGAGGAGCAAGCGAAGGCGCUUGCGGUGGAGAAGCGCAAGCAGAAGCAAGAACAGGCGGCGGCGGCGGCGGCGGCGCACGCAUCUGCAAAUGCCCUUCAUUCGGUGCCCACCAAGAAGAGGAAGGUAUCGUCGCAGGACCCAGCUCACCGGACGACGAAGAAGCGGAGGAUGAGCAACGGCACACUGCUCACGCCACCCUCCACUCCGCCUGGCCGACUAACCGUCAAACUCAAACCCCCGAGUUCCUCAGCCCUUACACCAUCAGAGCGUUAUCCUUCUCUGGUGGAACCUGACGAUCGACAUCGCACCGGUAUCGUGAUAUGCAUCCCGCCGCGGCCUAUCAGACCUUCAAGUCGUCCAUCUUCCGCCCAUUCGCGUAGGAGGAAAUGCGAAGUUUGGAUGUCGAAGACCCCUACGUGCUACAAGACCUAUCGGCAUGGCGGGCCUAAUACUGCACGUGCGCUAGUAUAUCGCCCCAAGGAUGCAUGCACGGACGCCCUGUCUGACAUGUCCGACCUAACGGACAUAUCCGAUCCGGAGAGCGACCUUCUUCCUGAUUGCGCUCCUCGAACUAGACAUUUCGACCCGUCUCCAGGACGAACGGACGUUUCAUAUGCAGGCUUGGACGCCGAGCAGCGACCUCUUGUUUCUCCCGGGUAGUUCCCUCCGACACGGACCGUAUCAUGCGCCUUGUUCGGUAUCUAUCGGACCUUUCAUCGCUUUAGAGGUCAUAUUGCGCGAUUAAAUAUUAUGCGUCAUUUCAGAC